CAAAAUUUAUGCAUGUAUUUCAUUUUUACCUUGAAAAUUAUCUCACUGUGUCUAAUAUGACACCGACUGCAUAAUCAGAUAAUCUCCAAUGCAGUGGUCAUAUGCCGCCUGAAUAUGCAAUACAAGAAAUAUUUUUUCAAUAGUCUACGCACCAAAAAAAAAAAAAAAACCACCAACGCUAUAAAAAUUGACUGAACAUUUCGAGCUGUAAGCAGAAAAGUUGUUUGAUUUAUCUUUUCCUGCUCGCAUAUAAAAUAAUUAUCUCUGGAAUGGCAACUGUGGAGUGAGGGGAAGACAGUCACGUUUUUAGAUCCAAAGUUGAGUAACAUAUGAUCAAAGAGUAAGUUAUAAGAGCUAUUAACCCUGAUGGAGUAUGAAAGUGAAACCCUUAAAAGAGGAUAUACAACGGCACCAAGAAAUCAAAACGAAGGAAGCAAUAUGGCAAAAAGAGAAGACAGAAUAUCAGAAUUGCCUGUGCAUAUUAUUCAUCAAAUCUUAUGCCGCACUGACCUCGGCGUUGAAGAGGCGGCGAGAAGUUGUAUGUUGUCCAAGACAUGGUACUAUUGCUGGACUUCAAGACCUAAUUUGAUAUUCUAUCAAUUUGAUAUGACCCUUGAAAACUAUGUCAAGUUGGUUGAUCAAUCUCUGCGAUUCCAUGUCGAACAAAACUUACAUCUUGAACAAUUCAUCCUUAGAUAUCGUGAUCCAGAAGUGGAUUUUCACGUGGAUACUUGGAUUGAAUUGGCGGUUAAACUCAACGUCACAGAGCUGGGAAUUCACCGUUUGGGUUUAACAUCAUAUAACUUACCUGAUGUUAUUUAUGAUGCUAAAAAGCUGACAACAUUGCAGUUAAGCAGGUGCAAUUUUGAAUUUGACAAAAGAUUUUCUUGGCUCGAGUCUCUUUCUUUGAAUCAUGUCCAUAUUUCAGAUGCCCAAUUGCAAAGAGUUAUCAACAGAUGCCCAUCUGUCAGGACUCUAAGGUUACAGUGUUGUGAGGGUAUAAGCAAAUGUCAUAUUUUUGGCUUAGUACAUCUCAAGUAUUUCGAUGCUAGUUAUUGCAAACUCCAUAGUGUGAUAGUCCAAGCUCCAUAUCUUCAAUGCUUUAGAUAUACAGAACCUACUGAACAGGGCAAUCUUCAUCCUUGCGAAAUUGCUAUUUUGGAUGGUUACAGUACUUUACAAACACUGGAGCUCACUGGUGCCACCAUCACAGACCAACAGUUUCGAGAUGUAUCCUAUAAGUUCCCAAAUAUUUCAGAAUUGAAUCUAAGAUUAUGCUAUAACCUGAAAAAUAUAGAGAUUCAGAGUGAAAAACUCAAGAAAUUCACCUUAUUUGAGUUGAAGAGUCUGGAAAAACUCACGAUUCAAGCUCCAAAUUUAUUGGAAUUUGAUUUUCAUGGUAGUAAAAUGCCCGUCACAUAUAUGGAUACUUCUUCCCUAGAAAGUGCCCGACUGAUAUUAAUAAUAUUUUGUCGCCAGACCAAAAGCAUCCUUAUUUAUGAAAAUCUAAGAGAAAUUGUUAUUCCACCAAGUCACAAAGUCGAGAUAUUCAUUGCAUCCAUGCUGAGUGUUGAAUCGAUCAUUGGAAUAAUAAUGUUCGGAAGUCCCUAUAUCAUAUCCAUACUUCCAUGUACAGAUAGCAAAGCACUACAGGCGAUGUCUACACUAAAAGGGUGUACACAAAAGCAAAAUUGUGGUAAAGAAUGUCCAUUCAAUACCAAGUGGCAUCGUAACUUAAAAGAUGUUAUCAGUUGUACUGGGACACCUGAGGAGGGAAUGGCCGCCUCCAUGUGGUAUCUCUGGUUGAAAUCUACAUCUGUAAUUGACCAAGUGAAUAAUUUCAUGUUAAAAUGGAAAUAACAAGCUUAGACCAAAGAGUCUUGGCGAAUUCAGCAUAUAGAGUUAAUUAGUGUGUAUGAUUUAUUACAUAAUUUAGCAUUUUUUGGCUGUGUAAGACCUCCAACUUUGAUUACACAUUUAUACUUGCAAUGAAAUAGAUUUUGCGCAGUCUA